GAGCAAUACGGUUUAUGGCCGCGUGACACUGUCCCGGACAACAUCGGCGUCCACGAACAGCUGGAUCCACGUUGGGUCCGCUUCGCUCGCAGUUGGGUCCCCCUGCCCUCGUACCCCGGGAUGGUAGCAUCGAACGCGACGGGAUUCGCGAUAACCACGAGGUGGAAACGAGUGUCCAGCGUUUGAGGUCUCGGUGGUCGCGAGUAACGUCGUUCGGCUGGCAACGACCUGUGCCCGAUCGUCUCGAGUGGUUGCUCACGGGAACAGCCAGGCCCGGUGCCUCUGCUCUCCGAGCAAAGUGUGAACUCUGCCAGCGUCGACCCGAAGCUGUGCGCGCCUAGUUAUCCUCGCCCCGGAGCCAGACUCUCGAAGCGCACGCUAAUCCUGAUCGGUUUCGAAGGCGUGUGCUCUCCCGGAGGAUAACCGUAACUGUACACGCCUGUUCGUCCCCCCGGUGCUCCAGGGAACGGCGAGGAUAGACGUUCGCGGUGCCGUCGCGGUGGCAGCUACCGGAACAUACGUGUCCGUGUCGAUUCGCGAGUGAGAGUGUUUUUCGCGUACGCGAGCGUCGCCGGCGACGUCCGGGGUCCUGGCGAGACGUCAACAUCUGGUAGCGUGUUUCCGGGCGCGCGAGCGCGCGGACGUCCCGUUCACCUCGCGCUGGAUCCGUGCACGGGUUCCUCGGCCGGCUUCCGUGCGACUGGGACGUCCUCGAGUCGAUCUCCCACCGGGUUCCUCGACCUGGUUUGUCCUGGUGCCACCGAGACGACGUUUCCAUCAGUGACCGGAACUGAACACAGUCUACGAUCCCUCCCGGAAGUGAUAGAUCUCACGGAUCGAAUGUAAGUUUCGUUUAUCGGUGCGAACACACACUCAGACGCGUGUAUAGUGAACUUUGGUGUGCGGUUGUUUUCUGGCGUAACGUGUCCGAGCAACGUCCAGAAGCCGCGUCCGGUAUGCCGUGGACACGAGCGUCCACGAGGAGCGUUUAGUGACCGAUCGGUGCCACGUUCUCGCGGCUGGUUAGCCAGCCGAGCGACGAGUCAGCUGUCGACCCAAGGAUUAUUCCUGCCAGCUAUCCCCGUGGACGUCCAUCUUCUAUUCGCAGAGACGGAGCAACAGAGGUCAUCUCAGUUUUCUUAAAUGGAACUCCGCAUUCUGUUCGCCAACACCUGGCCAAAAUGAACUGAAGAACUCGCGAUUUCAUGGUGCUUCAAGGUUUCGAUUACCACGGCUGCGAACACUGACGAAGAAUGCAAGCGGCUGGCUCGAUUUAACCUUUUCAAGUCAUUCCCCGAGUUGAAGGAUGCGGUGGGCGAGGAGGCACGCGAAGCACCUCUGCUGAAACGUUUUCCCCGGACACCACGCCACGAGCACUGCCAGCCGACCGAGGCCACUAGUAGCCUGACCCUGGGGCACAGCCAACAGCGAGGACGAAGUACUUAAAAGGUUUCAUGGAUCUAACGGAGGCAUUCGCCCCGGGAGGGGGCGGGGAGGAUCUGCCAAAGACCGACUUCUUCGACUUCGUCGUCUCCCCGCCGCCUCACUGCGCCUCGGCGGACGGGAUCUCCGACGAGGAGAGCUUCCUGCAUCGCACGACCUGCAGAAGCAUCGGUUACCUUCAGCAGAGCCACGAGGAGCACGAGGCGAGCCGCGACAUCCACGGUUCGCCGUUCAUCAAGGAGACCAACAACAACACUCUGACGGCGUUGCCGCCCGUCUCGACGAUAACGAGCUCCUUGAGUCAUCAUCAUCAUCAUCAUCAUCAUCACCACGUGAGGACUCAUCACAACGCGUGCAACGUACAGCCCAGCAACGAGCAGACGCCCAUGGACCAAUCGGACUGCGACUACUGGACCACCGACGAGACCAAGGAGCAGACCUGCAACAUACUCCUAGAGGAUCUGAACAAGUACUGUUGGUCGGCCCACGCGAACACGCAGAGCCACGGCAACGACAACGUCACCGUUCACCAGGGUUCCAACGACCAUCAUCAGACGGUGGGUCGGGGAUGCGCGGCGAACGACAGACAGAAUACGGACGGAGCCAUCUACACGUUGACAGUGCUGAACAACGAGGCGAACUCGAUGGACGCGUUGGACUGCUGCAAGAGCCCAGCGCCCACGUCCAGCGAUUCCUGGUCCCUGCGACCGAACCUGGACCUGGACGCUAUACUGAGCAUGGAGCCCGCCUCCGCCGAACAGGAACACGAUCAAACCUCCAAUGUGAGCGAGGUGUCGCGGACGGUGAACGACAGGUUUCAUCCCGAUCGUUUCUCCGUAGCGUCGUCGCAGUACACGACCGACGACAGCGGUUUCGUCGAGAGCAAGGAGUUGUGCGGCCGAGGAUCGUCCAACAGCGGCAAUUGCCCCGGUGGAGACAACAACAACGAUUGGAAGCUCUCCGAUCAGAAUCUUCAGGAAGCAGCCGCGGUGGCAGCAGCUGCGGUCGCUGUAGGCGCCGGUGACUCGGCGGAGAGUCUCUUGCGAAGCGCCCUCCAAGGCAAACUGUACACAGGACCUGCUCAAGUGGUCUCCUCUUCGUCGCCGUCCAAUCAGGGUCCCGCCAUGUCGAUACCCGUCACGAGCAACGCUGGUCUGCAGAUAGUCGCCGAUCAGCAGCAGCAGCAGCAGCAACAGCAGCAACAGCAGCAACAGCAGCAACAGCAACAGCAGCAGCAACAGCAAGACGACUCCAUGCACGCCUGCACCGACGAGGAUCUCUUACUAUCCCAGCUGGAUCAAACGACCUAUCGUCCGGGUGACUAUGAGAAGCUGAAAAGUAUAGCGAACGAAGUAGUGGAGUCUUACUGCAGCCUGGAGCCUGUCUGCAAUGUUUCCGCGACCACCACGGUAAUGUACACCCUGGACCCGACGAGCGGCAGCCUGGGCACCAUCACGCUUCCAGCGGACCUUGGUCAAGUGAGCACGGUGACGGUGGUCACGGCUGCCCAGCAGGAAGUCCUUCAGCAGCAGGCAGCUCCGCGAGCAGACGUAGAGCCACAGCAACCGACCAGCCAGCUUCAGAUGGCUCCUUCGAGGGUUGUUGCCACGAAAGCGCCCAAGAAGUACUGCAGACGCGCCAACAGGAACAACAAUAACGCGAACGCGGCCAGCAACGGCAACAGCGGUCCCGAGGCUGCGGGAAACGUUGGUGGUCAACAACAGGGCGCCACCGGUGGUUCUCCAGGCAGCAUCCAGCGCAAGGAACGCUCGCUGCACUACUGCAGCAUCUGCAGCAAGGGCUUCAAGGACAAGUACAGCGUGAACGUGCACAUCAGAACGCACACCGGCGAGAAACCGUUCGCCUGUUCCCUCUGCGGCAAGAGCUUCCGACAGAAGGCUCACCUGGCGAAGCACUACCAGACCCACGUGACGCAGAAGCCCAGCGUUCAGCAACAGGCGACAGGGAACAGCACCAGCAACAGCGGGAAUCCUAGCCCAUCGGCCGAGACCACCACCACCACCACGUCGAGCAGCGUGACGAACAGGAGUCAACCUCAUCAGGUGCCGGUGGAUCCCUCGGGGACUGCCUGCAAUCCACCCAGUUAGUUGUGCUGGGACACCCUGGCCGCCCUUUUUCACGUAUCCCCGUCGAUUUUCACGCGCCCAAAUUCCUGCCGCCCCUCUAACCCUGAGGUGGCCACGGUGCGAGGUCUCGUCCUUCUACUUUCUCUUCUCUGGAUCUCCAUUUCUUUCUUCUCUCUCCCCGCUGUCGCUGUUUCUUCUUGCUCUUCCCUUCACGAUGUUCAGAGGCUUCGUUCGCCAAGAGAGCCGAGCGAAGUGGUUCACGAGGUUGGAACACGGUCACAGAGCGAACCAUGACUAAUGGCGACGAUCGCGAGAUCGACGCGUCCGCGGACGGCGCCGAUUUCCUCUCGCGAUCGACCCUCUUCGUCCUAGAACGAAUAUUAGCCUCAAAAUGGCGGAUCCAGGGACUCCCUGGGUAUCGCCGAUAAUUUAUUCGACGAGUUACACGCGAUCUUGAAAAAACAAAAAAAAAAAAAAAGAAUGGUGGAAAAAGCGCUGGACUUUCAACGUGCCGGGGAUCGCGGACGUUUUUUGGCGUCUAGCGUCUCGGUUGUUGCGACGCGCGUAUCUAGGAUUCUAUCGAUCGAACGCAGAAAGCCGUCCAUAACGAGCGAGUUACAGUAGCGCCCGCUUCUAUGUCCACUGAGUCCUCUUGUUUGUAUGUAUCCGGGGAAGGUAGCGAUUCGUGGGCUUCAGAUUUUAAUGUUACAGAGGUGAUCGAGGUUGAGACUUGCAGGUAAAGUCAAGGUGGUAUACCAUGAGAAUGUUGGAGGGAGUAAAUGAAGCAUUCUUAUGGCACGGAACGAGUCAUCGAUGUGAAUUUGAAUUUCUAUUUUUUCCGUUGUAACGUAAUGGGUGUGUCUAUAGGUUGGUGAUGUCUUUCUGAUGAAAAUGUAUCCAAAUGCAACCUCGUUUGGAACGUUUCUAGCCCAUCGUUGGUUAAUACAGUGAUUAGGUUAACAUUCGGGUAGUGUUUGGACACAUUUUACUCUGAAGAACACCACCGAUCCAGUGACAUACUUCCCUCACAGAUCUAUCGACGAACAUAGCAAAUGAAAUUUCCAGAGAACAAAGCUCGAUCCCUAGAUAUAGUUUUCGCGCGUUUCGAGGAAUAAUCGGCGACAUACAAGCGGGAGGUACUGUCUAUCGUGAAUUUAUCCAUGUCAGGACUAAGCUGCCAAGGCUUCCACGACAGUUGUUCUCCGUCACUGGUCCAGAUUGCUCUGUAGACGUUCAAGUUCCAGUGUUUAGGCCAAGCACCGAGUCUGAGAGACGCUUCCAUUCUUCGGCAGACGUUGUUGACGAUCGGUAGUCUGGACCGAUGACGGAACAAAGAGUGUCGAACUGAUAUUAUUACGUACAUGUGCUCGCUCCGUCGAUAAAUUCACGAAGGUUAACAGAUAACCUAAAGCGGACGACCCAGCGGGUCGUCAUUUAUUUUUCUACUCUCGUAAUUAAUCGGUCGAAUCGUCGAUCGACGAUGGCUGUAUUCUGCGCGCAAGCGACCCGGUGAAAUUGUUGUUCCUAAGACGACUCCAUUGCCGUCCUCUGACGAGAAACGAGCACGUCGACGACGAAUCGCGCACGUUAAACGAUAUAUAUAUAUAUAUAUUUAAAUACCACUAUGAGAUAUUAACGUUAAAGUUAUUUUAUACAGAUUCUUCUUUUUCAUUGUUCUUUCAUUUUCUUUUUAUCGUGUUUUUAUAUGUUUAUAUAAACGCACACGCAAGACGUAGUAGACUAACGGAAUGUAACGUAGAAUCGGUAAGUAUCGGAGCAUCGAGAAAGAGGUAUAAUAACGUUAUAAGUAAUUAGUAGCACGAGCUGUGAUUUAGAUACAUACUCAACGCGCGACGACGGGCGCCUUCGGUUAAGAUGGCGGCGCUCGCGUGCCUCGGCGUCUGUUAUUCGUAAGAAAAACAAUUUCGCGGGGGAAUCCGUUCCGAUGGAACAAUCUUUGAGCCUGAAAUUUCACAAAUUUUGUUCUCGAGCCCCGUGGGGAUUUUUUUCAUUCCUGGUCGUUAUGCGGGGUCGUCAGACUCGUCGCUUUGGGGGUGUUGGAUCUCUUUGGAGAGUCUGUUCUGAAAUUCGACCGACUAAUCGGUUUGGAAAAUUGGUCUUUUAAUUACUAAGUAGGUAUAUAUCGCGUGCACAGUGAUGGAACUAGUUCGAUGAAAAUUGGUGAGAUCUAUAUUAUUGGAGGGGAGGGUGGUAUCGUGGAUGGAAAACAAACCCUCCCUCGUGGUUUUCGUAUUUGUAGUAAACAUAACUAACGACGAACGGUGUUGUAUGCUUCACUGUUUACGUAGAGAAGGAAAUUUUCUAUGAAAACAUGAUAUUUGGUAUAUUAUUUGUCCUAUCAAGAAAAGAAGUAUUUCUCACGAAAUAAAAAUGUCAGAGAGUUCUUUGUCGAUAUACAUAUGUCGACGAAUUGGGGAAAAUUCGAAAUUUACGUCGUUUCGUGUUUCACAGUAUUAUUAAUACAAUAUACGCUAACAAUUACUCAGCAAUUAACAAUGGAGUCACAGUUUUCUUGCCCACCUAUCGAAUAUUUAUGAGAUUGAAUUUAUCAUUCGAUCUAACAUUUGGCACAGAAAAGUAUACCUAUCGCCUUUCUAAAUAGAAUUGUGAAGAGUUUCAGAAUUUCACUGAUUCGGGUUUGCCGUUAACCCUAAAAAAUGAUGGAAUUCCUCCAAGUCCCCCUAAAAAAAAAAAAAGAAAGAAAGAAAACUCAGUAUUUGUUGUAUCGGCUGUUCAGGACUGUUAUAUCGGGGUAAAAGCGCGGGAAGCCAUUGCAUCGCGGAGGUCAGAGAUUUAGAGAGAGCCUCGGAGGUUGUUACGAGCAACGCCGUGGAGUAAUUACACGUUGCGCGCCGCGGCGCGAUAUUGCGUUACGUGCAUGCAUUACGCACAUAGUUCGGCGUGCGAAGCAGCAGCGAGAAAAACAAGACGUCCCGCGGCGUACGAUAAAUUCUCCUCGAAAGCCUCGUCAGGAUGAUCGCUGGGAUUAGUCGCGCGCGACGUUUAUCGCCUCUCGCUUCCAACGACUUCGAUCGCGAACUCGUAAUUCGAGAAAAUGCGACGCCAGCGUCUGUGCUCGAUAUCGAACCACUAUGUCGUCGCGACUUUUCAAUCAUCGCUCGAACGAGAAAUUAAUAUCUGAUCCUUUGUACGUCAGUAAAGCAAUGAACCCUCCAUCGCGUGAAUUUCAAUUAUCCUUAACGAACAGAAAUGAAUCUUUGGUCGUUUGUACGUCAGCGAAGUAUCGGGUUGUCUGGAAAGUCCGUGUCGAUUUUUGGUAGGUGGUACAAGUCUGAAUACAUCGGAAUAUAUUCCCUUAAAAGGUGGAAAGAUCGUGGAACAAAAUGCUACCUACGUGAUUCAAUAAAUACGUAUCAGAAUUCAAAUGUGCCUUUGAAUUUGUUUUCAAUUGUCACGAACUUUCUGGGCAACCCAGUAAUUAACCUUCUGUUGCAUAAAUCUUGUUUUAUCUUUCAAAAAUGAAACUGAUGUAACUCCGGUCCCCACCAUUAUCUCCAUAAAAAAGACAUCAAAGAGAAGUCUUAUACGAAAUCUACAGUUCCAACCGACCGCAAUAAUACGUCAAACGAAUUACUGCACACAUGUUCGUCAAAGAAUUCCUGCCAAUCGUGGUCAAGCGAAUAAUUUGUCGAAUUUCACCGACCUCCGUUACGCUUGCUCCACUUGCGGUUGUAAAAUUAGUUUGACCCCCGAGGAAUUCUUUUUCACACUUCGCUCGACAACCGUACGCGAGUACGCGAGUCUUCCAACGUCGAUUGCGGUUUCGAGGUUCACCGUAGCCCCAUCGAUUGUUCGGACUUCCUGAAAAACCACGCGUGGCAAUUCGAUGAAAUGUUUGUAAAAAAUAUUUUCUGUUUCGAAGGACGUCGCUCGAAUUUUGGUCGCUGCUCCUGCGGUCGCGGAAAACUGGUAGCAGUUGCGGUUAGGCGAACGAUUCAGGGGAUCCUGGAGGGCGGAGCUAUUCGCGGACGCUCCACUUGUGGUUGUGAAAUUAUUAGCGAGGCCCGCGGUGCUGGGCUUUUCCUUCGCACCUUGCUGAAAAUAUAAUCGUUGGCAGACGUUGCCGUGAAUUUUCCGCCGUAUGGAAAUUAUUCCAAGGCGAUUAUUCGCAUAGCAUGCGGUCUGAUUCGUCCAGAAAUUAUUUUCAACGAACGUACAGUUGUUAUAAUCGAAAGAGGGUUUACUCGCCCGACCAUGAAUUCUACCGUUACUUAAUUCUUGAUUGAAUAGCUGUGUGUUGUCCUGAUAAUUUAAAUCACGAAUUAUUUCAGAAAAGUAAACGAUUUUUUAUGUUUUCCUCGAACUGUACCAAAGACAUAAUCGAAGAUUUCUGCAUAAUAUCAUAUUUGCAACAUUCUUUCAAUCGAAUCGUUUCGAAAUCUGCAUUCCGGACGAUUCCAUCUCCGCUGCUAUCAGUAAUUCUAGCAACUUUGAUGUUGGGCAAUGUGCGAAGGAAAAUUCUUCAACCGCAAAUCGCACUAAUUCGAUGUGCAACCACAAGUUGCUACUUUCUGGUGGGCGUGUCGUUCUGAUGAUUUGUCCAAAUUUGGCCUUGUUCCGUUACGAAGAAUUUUCUUGGAAAAUUCAGGUCGGAGACGAGGUUCCUUGCGCCCGUUAAUUUUAUUCCACUUUGUCCGCGAAAAAUUCACGAGUUUCUUCGAUAUAGUUAUACUCCGAGCAACCAUAUCGAAAUGUUCAAGGUUCGUCAAGUUGGUUACGCGUGCUUCAGUUAUCUGCAAGUGUAGGCAAUAUUAAGAUUAAGUCUUUCGUGGUCGCAAGUCGGUUUUAACUUAUCUCGAACCACGAGAGAAUGCAAAUAGCAACAUCCCUGGGGCCUAACAUGUGUUUGACCACGAAUGGCAGGAAUUUUAUCUGCAAAAGUAGUGGAACCGGUCCAUUUGAUCGAUUGUCGAAGAUUUACCGUCCCUGAUACUGGAAUUCUAUUCGGUGACAAUUUAAAAAGAAGAACACAAACUUAACGAGAGAUAAAAUCAAGGAAUGUAGACGAUUUCCAAAGGAAUUUCCCUCCAACUCCAGUUUUAUUGCCAACGAUUCUUCUUGUACCUAUAAACGAAGUCUCGAUUAGUUUAUUUUUUAAAUCAUAUAACACAGUGAAUUAAACAAGCAGACUAAAACCUCGAAUCACAAAGACUAAAAACCUGUACAAUGGUUUGGCAAUGUUACUGUACCAUGCAUUGGAGUCAUCAGAGAACCUUGGUGAUUCUUCCCACGCAUUGAAAUCAUCGGAGCGUUUAUGGUGUUUCCUACCACUCAUUCGAACCACCGGAGCGUCUAUGGUGUUUCCUCCCGUACGUCAAAGUUGUCGAAACAAUUUCAAAAUUACUCGAUUCUAUCAACAACGAAACGUAACGUCGACAAAAUAACGAAGAAAUUGGCUAGCUCGUUAACCUUCGUGGCUAGCUUUUAAAAAAAUGCUCGAAACGCAGCGGUGGGUGAACGUUUCCUCGACGAUUUAAUCGUUUCCCUCCGCCCCACAGCCUCGUCGGGAGCAUUUUAUCAAGGCCAAUGGAAAGAAAUGCUGGAACCACGGGUAAAUUUCCCAUCGAUCUUUCGGAUUUCUUGACGUUCACCGGUAUCAUUAGUCAGUCUACGCGAACUACAUCGCGGCGAUAGUGGCUCGCCAAACGUUCGAGGAAACCUAUGAUAACGCCUCUCGUACGUCAGAGGGUCUCGGCGAUCUCUAGGAUUAGCUUCAGUUACGUUUACCGUUUCUCAUCGCGAAAUAUUAUCAAUAACACUCUAUCGUCCGACGCUCUAACCGAUUCCCGCGGAUAAUGUCAAGGUAAUUGCUGAUCAAACGAUAAGCUUGAAAUGUUCCUGACGCUCUCCUCUUCCAUCAUUCCGUCUGGAACGUUUCGAGAUAACUCGGGACGUUAAUUAACAGAGUCUCGCGAGACCAUUUUUGUCCAAGAGAUCGGAGUCUUUCAGUUCUACUUAGAUUUACUCGCUUCCUUAACGGUUGGAAGACAGAAUUCUUUCGCGAGGUCCUCGAACUGCCGGCUUCCGAUACGCGGUGGCCUGCCAUUAACUUUGAUUUAUAUCGGUAACCGUAAUUUUGCUCCUUUUUCAAUUUAAUCCGCCAGCUGCGUUUUCGAUCUUCAUUUUAUAAAUCGUAGAUGAGUGCUUUUCAGCACCUCGUAAUGACGAGUCCACGGAAGAUUGUCUUAGGUAAAUUUAAAAAAACCUUGGCGAAGUAUUACGUCGUCACCUAAGUUCGUGCUGCUGAGGCGAUAUAUAAUAAAAAAAAUUACAGAAAUUGUAUAGCGACUGUUAUGAUAUGACUAUGUCAGAAAGAUGGAAAAAUAUUGUGAAAUGAGAGAGAUUACCUUUUCAUAACACACUUAAGGGCAUGUUUUAUAUAUUAACACUUUAUCUCCCGGGCUAUUUAGAAACAGUGGUUAAUUAAAAAAAGAAUUUUCUAUAGUGGCAUAUGCCAAUCUAGGCUGACAAUAAUUCCUCCAUACUGUUCACUGAUCAUUGUAAGUAAGACAAUCAUCGACACAGUAAAUAAAUCCGAAUAGCUAAAUACUGCAAUUAAAAAGCCUAUAAAUAGGCUCCCGGUAAAUAAAGUGUUGAGUAGCAGAAGAAUAAGUGGCAAGAACUUAUAGGACGACCUAAUAUAAGAUUAUCCGUAGAUUCUUUAAAAAGUUCCACGAAUUACUAGCAGACAUCCCAAGAAAAGAGAAUACCGCGAUGCUCGUUCCGAAUAGAAUACUCAGACAUCAAAUAUACAAAAGAGCAUACCACGUCGAUGAUGAAGAAGAUUACGGAGGAUCCUCGUCGCAAUGCAUUAAGCGACACGACCACGGAAUAAUUAAACCGACAGGAUCGAUUAAAUCGUUAAAAAAUAUUCCGCUACCGAUAGGUAGCACAAAAGCGUUUCGGAGUGACAGGUAGCUCGACGUUAACGCGUUCGGAACGCUCCUCGGUCGUUGGAGUCGAUUAGCCGCUCUGGCAUUUAUCGUUUUCUCGUUCAUUGGGCGCGAACGCGUUAUCCGCGAGGCGAUGUGGUAAUUCGCCAAGUCCGAUAUUAAUGACGCGUAGCCAAUUUACAACUGAAGCCACGUCGACGAGGGCCCCUGACGGGCCGUUAGGUCCGUUUGAUAUCUCGUUGCAUUAACGACGGGAAAUUCUUUGAUCCUUUCAUCGGCCCCAUCAGCGUUGCCGGCUGAGCCAUCGAGAAAAACGACACUACUCGCGGCCAAGAGACGAUAAAUUAACCCGGCCGAGCAAGAAAGUGUUGCCGGCUGAUUGCUCUCGGUUAGCCGCUUCCAGCGAGAUGACUCCCUCGAUAGCGUGUUAUCAAGUUGUAAUUUGGAGCCUGGCCAUUAGUGGUACCAUUCGGAUCGCAGCUGACUAGCAUGCGUCUAUCGAUCGGUCGAUCUUCGUUCCCAGACGCGUUCCUAGACGAGAAUCGGACUCGCGAUCGCGACACCUCGUUAACCCUACCGUCCCUCGUAGCGCGGAUUUUCUUUUAUCUUCGGUAAAAGUUAUUUGUUUUGGUAGCUAGAGUAUCGUGCCUCUUCGUAUGUAAGAUGGUAGGCAAGCGAUUGAUUAAGUUAGAAUCUUUUGAAAUUUCGAUUGAAUCAUUUAUCUGGAUAAGUUUUAUCAAUUUAUCUGGGAAGCAUGUGGGUAGAACAGGUCGACUUCCUGAACGUUGUUAACGAGCACGAAAAAUAGAUAAGAAAAAAAAAAAAGCACGACAAAACACACAGACAAAUGCAACAAAAGGAAAUACGAAUUUCUAGACGGAACUGAUAAAUCUGUAGGUGCCGAGAGGUAGUUCCAGGAAACAGCCUGGACACAUCGACGUAUAAAUAUUCUAAUUAAGUCCGCGCAUAAUUAGUGGCCACGGAACACUGAAUUAUCGUAAUCGUUAGGCAGUAUUUUCAUACGUUAUCGCGACAACAAUAUCUUGUCCCGAUAUCUCUUUAUCGCAUUAAUUAAGUGUAACCACCGCGAACAUGCCAAUCGGAAAGUCAACGGGCACAAUUCCGCGCGAGUCGAUCUUGGCUGCACGGUAAUUGACUCGUUUUUAACUUGCUACCGCGCAUGCACGAGGACGUUAGGCUAACACGGAGAGCUACUUCAAUUCUCCGUUGCACGAAUUUUGGUUUCCCCUCCAAAAAGGAGAAAAUAUUCUUUGAUUAUUCGUGGGUCAGUGUUUAAUUUAAUUUUCUCAAAUUCUAUUUUGUUAUUAUUUCAGAAAGAAAUAUAUCUGUCCGAGGGCAAACUAUGUUGCGUCUAAACUUCUGUAAUUCGAAAUAUAUGUUAACAUUAAAUCUAUCAAGUUAGGUCCAUGUACUUCAAACAUCUUUCUAAAAUUCCUCGUUUACCGACGAUACUAAUGUUCAAUGCAAUUAUUGCAUCAAAGAAUUAAUCUGGUAUAUAAAUUUGAUCCUUCUUCCUAUAAUUACUGAAACUAGAUGUUCCAUUGUCAAAAUUCUUAACUAGAUAAUACACCAGCCGAACAACAACCAAAAGACAAACGACAGUGCAUCCACUGGCCACUAAUUAAAACUAAGAAUACAAUCCACGCAAUGACGCGUCUCUACGAAAAAUUAAUAAUCUCUCCCUUCGAUUAAAAAUAAAUCCGGCAAAUAAAAUUCUCAUUCGUCUACCAUCUACCAUUUAUCAAAACAAUGUACCGCCCAUCUCUGGAUUCGAGUAACUUUCUACGAAAACAAGACGUCGUCAGCUCCUAAACGAGGUCUCUGUUUCCGGCGAUGGCCUGCAAUUCCUCCAGCAACGAUUCGCCCGAUUCCCGUAAUCGAGCAACGACAGUGAGCCCCGAUUUGACCUGGUUGAACAGGAAAGCAGGAAAGGAAGACCGUGAAUCACUGCUGCUCUAAUUAAUGGACCGAGCGAAAACGGCCAGAAAGAGCGUCGUCAGGGUUCUAUCGGCGAGACGAGGGCGCGCGAGGGGCCAAUCAACGCGCGUCCGUGCUGAUGGGGGGCCCCCCCCUUUGAAUUGUGUUGGUCGAAACCACGAGUAUAGACGGCGAGCAACGUUACACUUCGGGCCGAUAUGAUGAGGCACGGCCUUAUAAGGGACACAACCGGUGUUUAAAGUCGCUGGUGGCGCGGCUUUCACCAAUUUAAAAUCAGAUUACGACUCGCCCGCCUUCUAAUCGCUGUUAGCCCGGUGCACGCUGGGAAUUGCGGCUGUAAUCGAUCCCCCGAUUUCGCGUAACCCUACGAUCGUUAUUGUAGGUGCACGUUAGAGUGGCGACGAAUAACGAUUGAGUCCGUUGUGCGAGAAACAGGAUUUGUUACUGACUCGUUUCUCGGUGUCGGCGAUCUUUGCUGAUCAAACGAGUCAACGAAUCGCAUUAAAUUUAGACGUGGACGUCGUUAUUUCCGCUAUUGCCGCAUCUUUUAUUGAAAUUAAUUUCCUUGGUUCCUUAAUGAAAAGUCCUGACAUGCAUUUCUGGGUGACCAACGUGUCGAAUCGCAGCAAUACGCGAUCCUUAAGAUUCAGAUUGAUUUUACAGCUACGACGCGGUACCAUCGUCGAAAAAUCGACGAUAGAGCGGCAGAAAUUGGACGCGAUUUAGAAACGGGGCGAAAUUCAGCGGAGGAUUUAUUCCUCUGCGCGCUCAUGGCCUGAGAUUUUUCGCUGCCUCGGCGUCCGUGCCGCGUUGUGCUUGACUAAUACCGCUACGGCGCGUUAACCUUCUGAAGGUAGAACGGAGGUGUGGCACACCCCCGUCUCUCCGUAAACACGAGGUAUGAGAUACAACAAUGGUCUCCGUAGAUGGAAGAUUGCACGGAAAGGUGCAACGUUCACGUGCAAAGGUCACCACGGUUGAAUCGAGUAAACGAGGAUAAUGUCGCGGGUCGACUAUAAUAGCUGAAUUUUAUUGUCGUAACAAAAGAAAGCUCGUCAUCGUCUGUAGUCUGAAACAGCAAGACGAGGAGGGGGGGGAAGGUGGUCCAUUACCGCCAAAAAGAGUCAAAUAAGUCGCGUGGCUAUCGAACCUUCCAACAAUGGCGUCUCGUUUUUGUUUUCUUUCUUUCUUUCUUUCUUUUUUUUUUUUGGACUCUCAAUUGCAUAACGAGCCUCUACAAAUCUUUAUCGAUUGCGAAACGAUUCUGAUCUUCUGAUGCAUCAUUCACGGAACAUCAGCAUUACUCUUGACUAUUGAUUUCGGGGACGAUUGUAGAUUAAGUUAAUAAUUGUUUGCAGUGGGGACAAAUAAUAUUUAGAAGGCAAAACACAAUUGGCUGAAAGACAAACCGAAAGCCUUGUUUUAUACAACGGAACAAAUAUAUGAAAAAUUAUUGUGGAAGAGUCUAAAUUUGAAAUUCCUUCUCUGCGCCGACAACUGGGACCCGCUAACGACAAUCGUGAAUCGUUGUUUAAUCCCUUGAAUCCCUUAGGUUUCAAUUCAUUGGUUCGUUUUUAGUAUUUGGCUGUAUGUGUGUUACCAGUGCAUAACGUUCUUUCGAAGAGAAGUUACGAAACAUAAACGUCAGCUACGAUAAUUGUUCAAAUGAUACAUUGAUAUUUUUUUUUUUUUUAAAUUUAAUUUAUAAAAAUCAGGCUUCCAAGGGUUGAGGAUCGAAAUAAUGAUUGUUUUGCUCGCGAUUCGAUAGCGACACGUUCAGACAGCCGUCGCGGCGAUUCGUUCUCGUUGAAUAAUACUCAAGGUACCGUUGUAUUAUACGAUAAUCCCUUUCUAAUUACUCUACACUGCGUUCUUAAUUUAAUGUUACUCCCCUUGUUUUUAUAUAUAUAUAUAUAUAUAUAUACAUAUAAAUAUAUUUAUAUUUUUUUUUUCUUCUUACUCUACUUCUCUAGCUGGUACGACUUUAAUCGUAGACGAUAGCGACGGUGUUGUUAGCCCUUUGUUAAGGUGACGUACCCAACCCCAAGGUUACCAUGGUAACGAAGUGUAUCCGCAGAGAUAUUUUCAGCGAGAUGAUAAACGAAUAAAUUAACGAAUAAAUAAAUAAUACUCAACGGAGCUUGCAGGAAGCCCCGAGCAAAGAGCGACGAGCGAAUGCUCGCACGCUGUAUAACUAAGGAAAAUGAUAGAUCCUUCUUCUUAUUAUUAUUAUUUCUUUUUUCUUUUAUAUUUUAAUUGAAUAAAGAAUAUCGAAACGAAUGUUUAAAAGAGGCCCCCCCCCCCCCCCCCCCGACUAUGUAUAUAGGAAACGUAUGUGUUGGCCUAUCCAGUACAAAACCAUCGUUAUAAUAUUAUAGAUCACGGAUUAUUAUGUUAUGUGAAUAAUUACAUUUUAUGUUGUUAACAUGUUUCUAUACGUAUACAGAUACACGGAUAUAUGUGCGACACACGUAUAUAUAUAUGUUUAUGUAUGUACACGCGCAUACAUAUACAGAUAUGUAUGAAUGUAAUGUUAACACACACACGCAGACACACACAUACACACAUACACACACACACACACACACACAGAGCAGACAGACAGACAGACACAGACAGAGCUCUCUUUCCCAACGUUUCUAUUCCCCUUUCACACAUCUUUCGUUCUUUCCUUAUUUUUCUUACUUUCUUCCCUUUCUUCACACCUUUUUACUUGUUUGCUCUCGCCAUGCAGCUGGAGAAGACUACUUGUAGAGGAUCGUUUUUGUUUUGUACUUAAGCGCGCUCGUACGCGCCCGAACUAUGUUUUGUACCACGUGCAGAAUGGCAAUAAAGUAGUUGACCAAUU